AUGAGGCCAACCAUCCCUCUGCGCCCACUAUGGCGCCACAACCACCCAAGGCGCACCAUAACCACCGCCCCAGGCACCUUCGCCAACAUCCGCUACGAGCUGCUGGCCCGGCCGCCAAAGUGCUACUACGACUACCUGACGCCGACCAACUCGCACCUCCUCUCCGUCACCCUGGCCGACCAGCUCGCCCCGCUGCAGGCGCGCAGGCCCUACCCGCCGCCGACCUCCUCCGACCUCGACCACUGGACCCUCCCCAAGGUGCACCACCGCGGCGGCGAUGCCGCCGCCCAGCCCCUGCCCCAGGGCCACCACCUGGUCUACUUCCCGCCCACGCACCCCUCGUCCGCCCUGCUCGCCGACGGGACCGACGCCGACCACUGGCCCGGCCCGCCCUUCACCCGCCGCCUGUGGGCUGGCGGCAGCGUCUCCUUCGCCCCGCACUGGGCUGACCAGCUGCUCCUGGACAAGCGCCGUGCCGCCUGCGUCGAGCGCGUCGAGGACGUGAGGCUCACCUGGACACGGCCCGCAGCCGCGGCGCCGGCUGAUGGAGCGGGGGAGGACGGCGGCAUUGCUGCCUCCCAGGCCGCGGGCGACAAGGUCUUCGUCGACGUCGUGCGGCGCUACGGCUGGGUCGGGCCGGACGAGGACGUCAUGGGCGGGCGUGAGGUCGUGCGGAGGGUGGAGGGGGACCCGGCCAUCGUCGAGCGGCGGACGCUGGUGUUCCUGCCGGGCAAGGCCAAUGAGGCCAGCCCUGGCAGGCGUAAUGGCACGAAGCCAAAGCGGGGAAAAGUCUACCAAGACCCGGAGUUCUCCAUAUCCUUCACGGCCUCGCCAGCCGUGUUGUUCCGCUUCAGCGCAUUGAGCUUCAACGCCCAUGCCAUCCACCUCGACUCAGCCCACUGCCGCGCGGUGGAGGGUUACGAGAAGCCUCUCGUCCACGGGCCGCUCCUGCUGGUUCUCAUGUUUUCCGCCCUGAAGGCUGCCGGGGCGGGCAAGGAACUGACCGCGACCAGGGAUCUUGAGUACAUGAACCUGCAGCCGUUGUUUGUCGGCGAGGAGAUGAAGGUCUGCGUCCAGCCGGGCAAGACGAAGUGGCAUGUGUGGAUCGAAGGUGAGGAUGGAAGGUUGUGCGUCAAGGGCUCGGCGCAGCUUGUAUGA